AGAGGAGCCUCUCAAGCAAGACCGCCUCUUCUUCUCCUUCGUAAAUACAGUACUAGUAAGCGUAUACUAGCACUAGCUAGGAAGCCAUGGCGCCGACCGUGAUGGCCUCCUCGGCCACCUCCGUGUCUCCAUUCCAGGGGCUCAAGUCCACCGCCGGACUCCCCGUCAGCCGCCGCAUCAGUAGCACCGGCUUCGUCAGCAACGGCGGAAGGAUCAGGUGCAUGCAGGUGUGGCCGGCGGAGGGCAACAAGAAGUUCGAGACCCUCUCCUACCUGCCACCUCUCUCAACCGACCAGCUCCUGAAGCAGGUCGAGUACCUGAUCCGGAACAACUGGAUCCCCUGCCUCGAGUUCAGCAAGGUCGGGUUCGUCUUUCGUGAGAACAGCAGGUCUCCCUGUUACUACGACGGGCGCUACUGGACCAUGUGGAAGCUGCCCAUGUUCGGCUGCACCGAGGCCACCCAGGUGUACGCUGAGCUCGAGGAGUGCAAGAAGGCCUACCCUGACUGUUACAUCCGUGUCAUCGGCUUCGACAACCUCAGGCAGGUGCAAUGCGUCCUGUUCAUCGCCUACAAGCCCCCGGGCAGCGAGUAGACCGGCGCCGCCAAAUAAAAAGCUUAAAUACUGAGACUCUUCAGCUCCUGCAUGGGCAACCAUGAAGUGUCUGUUCGUUUUUUUUUUUGCUUCGUGUCACCUUGAUUUUGUUUUUUUUUCCUUGCUUGCUUCUGCUGUAUCCAUGGCAUGCAUGCGGAUCUCUCCCCCCAACCGGAGAGUUAUCUACAUAGGACUAGCUACUAUACAACUAUCGAUCGUUGGGUGAGGAACAUGUGAAUGCUAGCUCCGGCUAUGAUAUGUAAUAUGGAUACUAGAGCAUACCCUGCCAAUCCGCCGACAAUACUAGAUCAUGGUUAAUUACUGGUGUUUUUGUCUAAUUUUUGUGUAUCUUUGCUCAAACUUACGCUUCUACGUAAAUCAAAUGUCAUGUAUCAGAUCAGUUGAGGAAAUAAAGGCUUACAAUACCUGUCCUU